AGCCCGGCUGGGAAUGCCUAGCGUGCGGCGCCGAGAGAAACGGGCCGUGCUGCAGUCAUGGGGGUUCGCGCGAUCGAAAUCAAUGAGAAAGCGAUCAUGGUUCUUUUGAUUGUAACAAAUCUCAUCAAUUAUCUCGACAGAGGCAUCAUUCCUGGGGCCAACGGGGAGUUCACGGACUUCGUGGCCAAGUCUCGGGAGCUCGGGGGCAAGGGUGGUGCAUCAGCAGCAUUCGGCGCGUUGCAGUCGGCAUUCAUCGUUGGGUUCUCGCUGACGUGCUUGGGUGUCGGGCACCUGAUCCACACCCGGUCGCCGUUUGGAAUGUGCGGUCGUGGACUCAUCGUCUGGAUCUUUGCGGCUGUCGUGGCAGGGCUCGCACGAAGCACGCAGAGCUACUCAUUGCUGCUCCUGGCGCGCAUGCUGAGUGGCGUUGGCGAGGCGGGCUUUGUCACGGUUGGUGGGCCAUUCAUCCAGGACGCCGGGGGGACGGCGAUGGGCCUUUGGCUCGGUGUAUUCUAUGCGGCGAUUCCGACGGGCACGGCGCUGGGCUAUGGCUAUGGUGCGUUCAUCGCUUCCAGAUGGAACUGGAGCGUCGCAUUUUACAUCGAGGCGCUGGCCAUGGUGCCUCUUGCGGCCUGCUUCCUCCUCUCAGCCGAUGACGGUAGCCGCGUGGUCGCCAAGGCGGAGCCAGGCUGCGAGCAAGACGAGACCAUGGACGCAGUGGGCGGCGCGGUGCCACGGAUCGAAUCGGGGGAACGGUCCACGUCCUUGAGCAUCGUUGCCCCUGAUGAGGCGCUUGUCGUCGAAGUGACAUCAACAUCAUCGUCCCU